AUGUCCGUGUUUGAUGGCGAAAUCGAAUUUAAAUCUGUUUACAUGGUGGACUUUGUUAAAAAAGAUAAACCUAAAAGUCCUCGACGCAAGGCUAUCGACGACGACUGCCUCAUAGUAGGUUUGAGCCGAGAUUCUCUGAAGGCCAAGGACCAGCCUCGCAAAAGCCCAGAUGUUCUCUGUCCUAUAAAUUUUGAGUACUACAAGGAUGCGGUGAAAAGGUUUGAAGAAGAUCACCCGAAGUUGACAAAAAAAUACAUGUCAAAGGACGUCGACCCGACUCCAAUAGAUCACGAAAUACAAGAUCUUAAACGAACGGAGUAUCUGACCAAGUACUGCUCUCGAGAACUACCCUUCAUGUCAGUAAACCUGGCACGGAGAGCGCGAGCCCUCCAGACUCUCCGUCUGCCGGACGAUAUCAACAUCCCGGAUACCAGCCACAAGGGCUCCUACAGACAUCCCAAGCCGGAGAAAUACGCCGAGCCUCCUUCUGCCAUAUCCAUGAAGCCUAAGUUUGAUCCUUCUUUGCAAAAACAACUCCGUCGUAUUCUUCGCGUGACGACCGGAGACACCAGCUAUGGGGUGAGUCACGGGCUUUUGGCGCAAGUCGUGCUCGAUAACAACCCCUUCGGACCCCCGCGAGAUGAGCCUAAAUAUGGAAGGUGGAGGAACCCCUAUAUGUACACGUAUAGAAUU